UCAGUGGUGCUAUAAUACUAAGCACAGAGCCACAAGAUUAGUCUGUGAGGGAAGGGAUGCCUUUUCCUUCCCUUCGAUAGUGGGUUAAACCCAGCUGGCACCUCCAGAACUUACGGAAAUAUUGUAACUGAAUCAUUUUCUCCAUUUGAAGGAAAAAUAUUCUUCAAGAGACAGCCACUCCAUCAAAGCCAGAAACACAGAACUCCCAGGAUCUCAACAAGAAGGGGCAGACCAAAGUUGCUUCUGAUUCCUUGCAACCUUCUGUCAUUCCAGGCUUGCUGCCCCAAAUUCAGGACCUCAGCCAUCCAGGAGCAAAUCACUGUAGUAAUAAAUUGCCUUCAUCUUCCAUAUACCAGCUAAGCAUGUUUAACUACGAACGGCCAAAACACUUCAUCCAAUCCCAAAACCCAUGUGGCUCCAGACUGCAGCCUCCUGGACCAGAAACUUCCAGCUACUCUAGCCAGACCAAACAGUCUUCCAUUGUCAUCCAGCCCCGCCAGUGCACAGAGCAAAGAUUUUCUGCUUCCUCAACAGUGAGCUCUCACAUCACCAUGUCCUCCUCUGCUUUUCCUGCUUCUCCCCAGCAGCUUGCUGGCUCCAACCCAGGCCAAAGGGUUACAGCCACCUAUAACCAGUCCCCAGCCAGCUUCCUCAGCUCCAUAUUACCAUCACAGCCUGAUUACAGUAGCAGUAAAAUCCCUUCCACUAUGGACUCCAAUUAUCAACAACCUUCAGCUGGCCAACCUGUAAAUGCUAAGCCAUCCCAAAAUGCAAAUGCUAAGCCCACACCAAGGACUCCUGACCAUGAAAUACAAGGAUCAAAAGAAGCUCUGAUUCAAGAUUUGGAAAGAAAGCUAAAAUGCAAGGACAGCCUUCUUCAUAAUGGAAAUCAACGGCUAACAUAUGAGGAGAAGAUGGCUCGCAGAUUGCUAGGACCACAGAAUGCAGCUGCUGUAUUUCAAGCUCAAACUGACAGUGAGGCACAAGAUUCACCACAGCAGCACAAUUCAGAACAUGCACGACUGCAAGUUCCUACAUCACAAAUAAGAAGUAGAUCAUCUUCAAGGGGAGGUGUGAAUGAUGAGGAUGCAAUCCAGGAGAAAUUUUACCCACCUCGUUUCAUUCAAGUGCCAGAGAACAUGACAAUUGAAGAAGGAAGAUUCUGCAGAAUGGACUUCAAAGUGAGCGGAUUGCCAGCUCCUGAUGUGUCAUGGUAUCUAAAUGGAAGACCGGUUCAAUCAGAUGAUUUUCACAAAAUGAUAGUGUCUGAGAAGGGUUUUCAUUCACUCAUCUUUGAAGUGGUCAGAGUUUCAGAUGCAGGGGCUUAUGUAUGUGUUGCCAAGAAUAGAGCAGGAGAAGCCACCUUUACUGUGCAGCUGGAUGUCCUGGCAAAAGAACAUAGAAGAGCACCAAUGUUUAUCUACAAACCACAGAGCAAAAAAGUUUUUGAGGGAGACUCAGUAAAGCUAGAAUGCCAAAUCUCAGCUGUACCUCCACCAAAACUUUUCUGGAAAAGAAAUAAUGAAAUGGUACAAUUCAACACUGAUCGAAUAAGCUUAUAUCAUGAUAACUCUGGAAGAGUUACCUUACUGAUAAAAGAUGUAAACAAGAAAGAUGCUGGGUGGUAUACAGUGUCUGCAGUUAAUGAAGCUGGAGUGACCACAUGUAACACAAGAUUAGAUGUUACACCCCGUCCAAACCAAACUCUUCCAGCUCCUAAGCAGUUACGUGUUCGGCCAACUUUUAGCAAAUAUUUAGCACUCAACGGAAAAGGUUUGGAUGUGAAACAAGCUUUUAACCCUGAAGGAGAGUUUCAGCGUCUGGCAGCUCAAUCUGGACUCUAUGAAAGUGAAGAACUUUAACAAAUUUACCAACAUUGGAAAACACAACUACACUAUUAGUAAUAUAUUCAAUUGAAUUUUUAAAAUAAAUCCAUAGCUGUAUUAACAGAUUAUGGCUUUCAUUAGGUAACAUAACUAAUAUAUAUUUAUACUAUUACUUAUCCUUUGACUCUUGCACAUUCUAUCUACAUCUCUAGUUUGUGAAGCCAACACAAAAUUUGGGUACAUGGGUUUGUAAUUGUAGAAAACUAUCUUAAAAUGUGGGAUUUUAACAUUUAAGUCAUACACAUUUAACAACUACAGGUUAUGAAUUAACAUCAACUUUUUAGACACACCUAAUGCUUAUAAUAAGAUUUACUGGUACUGCUUUCUAGUGUUCUACCCAUUUUCUCUUAUAGGAAUACUAACAUGAUAUAGAUUAUCUGAGUGUUCCACAGUUUUAUUUCAAAAGACAAUAAAAUUUCAAUUAUUUAAAACAGAUUGUCUUCUCUUCACAAAAGUCUAGAUCAUUAACAUAAAGCUUCCGUAUUUUAUUUAUGAAAUGACUAGUAAACCCUAUGAAUAACAAGUUCCAAAACAGCAACGAUAUUACA